AUGUUCAUCCAGCGGUACUAUCCUGUUGCUGAAGAGAAAUGCAGACAACUGCUGGAGAAAGUCAGUCGGUUGGAAGCGCAGAAAGCGUCGAGUCGAGACCAGACCAAAGAAACAUGCACGAUACUACGCAUGUGUGCACAAGUCGAGUCCUGUGACGAGUCUGUUCGCGCCUCGCUGCUUGAAGUGCUGACCACACUGGAGAGUUUGACAUGACCAAUGCAGUGGAAUCUUGUGCAAAACCACCUACUAUUUUUUAUUGUAGUACUUCCGACGUAUUAAUCUGCGACUAUUUCCUGAAAAUAAAGCAGCACUCCCGUAUCGUAUCUUCAGCAAUUAAACGAAAAUAAGAUACUAAGUACUUCAG